AUGGAUAAGGAAUUGGACGGUCGCAGUCAAAGAGUUGCGAUCAACAGUUUGAUGUCAAAGUGGAGACAGGUGAUGAGUGCAAUAUCUUGUGGAAUUCCUAAAGCUCCAUUAAAUGGUGGGAUAUUAACAACAGAUUACUUAGUUGGCACUCGUGUUACUUAUUUUUGCAAUGAUGGAUAUAGACUGUCAGCCAAGGAACUUACUACUGCAGUCUGCCAGCCAGAUGGUACCUGGAGCAAUCACAAUAAAACACCUCGCUGUGUAGUUGUUACAUGUCCAAGCAUCAAUUCUUUUACACUGGAACAUGGAAGAUGGAGAAUAGUAAAUGGUUCACAUUAUGAGUACAAAACAAAAGUAGUUUUCAGCUGUGAUCCAGGGUAUUAUGGUUUGGGACCUGCAUCUAUCGAGUGUCUUGCUAAUGGCACCUGGAGUUGGAGGAAUGAGCGGCCUUACUGCCAAAUUAUUUCUUGUGGAGAACUCCCUACACCUCCAAAUGGAAAUAAGAUUGGAACUCAAAUCACGUACGGAUCUACAGCUAUAUUUACUUGUGACACAGGAUACAUGCUAGUUGGCUCUGCAGUGAGGGAAUGUCUGUCUUCUGGACUCUGGAGUGGAAUUGAGACCAGAUGUUUAGCUGGUCACUGUGGUAUUCCAGACCUUAUAGUCAAUGGUCAAGUAAUUGGAGAAAAUUAUGGAUAUAGAGACACAGUUGUAUACCAGUGCAGUCCUGGUUUUCGGUUGAUUGGUUCUUCUGUACGAAUAUGUCAACAGGAUCACAACUGGUCUGGUCAGCUUCCAUCUUGUGUGCCUGUUAGCUGUGGUCACCCUGGUAGUCCUAUUUAUGGAAGAACAAGUGGAAAUGGUUUCAACUUCAAUGAUGUUGUGACAUUCUCAUGUAAUACUGGGUAUGUUAUGCAAGGACCAACCAAAGCACAGUGUCAGGCUAAUAGGCAGUGGAGCCACCCACCUCCAAUAUGCAAAGUGGUCAAUUGUUCUGAUCCUGGAAUUCCUGCAAACUCUAUAAGAGAAAGUAAAAUCGAACAUGGAAAUUUCACAUAUGGCACAGUGGUAUUUUAUGACUGUAAUCCUGGAUAUUUUUUAUUUGGCUCUUCAGUUUUAAUUUGUCAACCAAAUGGCCACUGGGACAAAACUCUACCUGAAUGCAUUAUGAUUGACUGUGGCCAUCCUGGCAUUCCUCCUAACGCGGUCCUGUCUGGAGAUAAAUAUACGUUUGGGUCUACUGUUCAUUAUACCUGCACAGGUAGACGAUCGCUGUUAGGGCAGUCAUCUCGUACAUGUCAGUUGAAUGGACACUGGAGUGGAUCUCUGCCUCAUUGCUCAGGUGAUACAGCUGGCUCUUGUGGUGAUCCAGGUAUCCCAGGUCAUGGGUCUAGAGAACAAAACAAUUUUAAAAUUAAAAGCACAGUACAUUUCAGCUGUGAUAUUGGAUAUAUCCUCCAUGGCUCAGAAGAAAGGACAUGUAUGGCAAAUGGAAGUUGGACAGGAAGACAACCUGAGUGCAAAGCUGUGCAGUGUGGUAAUCCAGGAACAACUGCUAAUGGAAAAGUAUUCCGUAUUGAUGGAACUACAUUCUCUAAUUCAGUAAUUUAUUCAUGCAUGGAAGGAUACGUACUUUCUGGAUCAUCUGUAAGACAAUGCACUGCCAAUGGAACAUGGUCUGGAUCCUUGCCAAACUGCACAA